AUGUUUGCUCAAAGAUUUGACCCUGAUGCGGUAACUACUUCUCCCAAUAAACUGUUGAGUCAGUUUCUAAGCCGAAAACGGAAAUUGAGCACAGUGUCGGAUUCAGAUAAGGAAGUCAAGAGCUCAUCGCAUAGUGAAGAGGAAAGUUCCAGUGAUAGUUCCAGUGACUCCGAAAGUUCCAGUGAAAGCAGCAGCGAAAGCAGCAGUGAUAGUGACUCUGAUAGCGAGUCGGAAAGCGAAAAUGAGGAAGAAAAAAGAAAGAAUCUGCCAGAAACUGACCAGAAGUUGGAACAAAGUGAUGCUAUGGAGAUCGACGGAGAUAGGGCAUCAGAUGAAGCAAAAGAGAUCAAACAAACAUUGGAAAUCAUACAACCUGUGAUUUCCGAGCCUGAAUUUCUAGAAAAUGUCGAAAAUGAUCCUGCUUACGUCUCGAAACAUGCAUCUAUCUUCAAGAAGUUUCAGCAAGCAGAAACAUCCGAACAGCAGGAUGAUGAAGAAGAAGAAAAUGAAGACGUCGACAUGCAAGACUUGGCGCCAAUCCCACAGCCAGAACUUCCCAGAGAUACCAGAUUACGUGGCCACCAGGCUCAUCUGAAGAAUUUGGACUGGUUGUCUGAGCCCACAUACAUUGCGCCAGAGACUACAGAGCCUUUCCUGACGUUUGGGCUCUCCGAGAAAGUCUUGAAAAACCUCUCGCUUCUAGGCUUCGAAGAAGCGUUUUCUGUCCAGGUAGGAACGCUUCGUGUGAUGUUGGAGGAUAUCCGCAAGAACAAACUUGCUAGCGACUUCAGAGGUGACCUUUUGGUAAAUGCGUCUACUGGUUCUGGUAAGACUUUGGCAUACCUGGUUCCAAUCGUGGAAGCUUUGCAUACGCGAGUGGUUCCUCGCCUUAGAGCUAUCAUUUUGGUUCCUACUAGACCAUUAAUCAAUCAAGUCAGCCAGACACUUCGUGAUUUAUCGAAGGGGACAGUAUUGACUGUGGUAAGCUUGACCAGUGACUUAUCUAUCAAGGAAGAGGGUAGGAAGGUCCAGAAAACCGUGCCUGAUAUCAUCGUGUCCACUCCUGGACGUUUGGUGGACCAUCUCCUAAACGGAUCAAUAUCAAUGCAAUACCUUCGGUUCUUAGUAGUGGACGAGGCAGACAGAUUGCUUAAUCAGUCCUUCCAGAAUUGGUGUGAAGUUGUUGUCUCCAACUUGGAAAAGUGGAACGACUCUAUGGCCAAUAUGGGCCAGAAAUGGGGCUUACAAGUCCAGAAAAUGAUCUUCUCGGCCACAUUAACCACAGAUGCUGGAAAAUUGUCUCUUCUAAAAUUCAAAAAGCCAAGAUUGCUCAUUGUGAACUCCACAGAACAACUCGUCAACGAAAUUUUCACGCUCCCAGCCACGUUGUCGGAACACAAGAUAAGUUUCAGUUCAAGCAAGUCUGCCAUCAAGCCUUUGCUACUUGCCAAAUUCAUGGUUCAUGCUGGUAAGUUGUCUUCUGUCCUUGUGUUCGCUAAAUCCAACGAUGCUACUCUCAGAUUGUCCAAAAUUUUGCAGGCACUUUUUGAUAAGUUUGCUCCACACAACAAGAUCAAUGUGGCCUAUAUGAACUCAACGAACAAUAAGAGUUCAGUCAGAAAGAGCAUUUUGGAGGAUUUCUCCAAUAACACCAUUCAAGUAUUGGUUGCAACUGAUUUGAUUGCUCGUGGUUUGGAUAUUCUUUCUAUCACCGACGUCAUCAACUACGAUUUACCUAAUUCGAGCCGUGAAUACGUCCAUCGUGUUGGACGUACUGCCAGAGCUAAUAAUAAAGGUGAUGCUUAUACACUUUGUUUCGGUAAAGGAGAAGAGAAGUGGUUCAAGACUAUUAUGAGAGACGUUGGUAGAAAUAAUCCGAUUGAGGAGACUAAUGAAGAGAAGUUGGGAUUGUUUGUCGACAAGCAGGACAAACAAGAUUAUGAAAAUGUCAUGGGACAAUUUUAA